AUGUCUACAACCGACAAAAGGAAGAGAUCUGAUGACUUAGAUGAUACCCGCUUGAAAAAGGAACCAAAACAAGAAUUACAAGCCUCUAAGGAUAAAGAUAUUCAAUCAGAGCAAUUUCAAGAUAACAAUACAGUUCGAGUACCAACAGUGGAAAAAGCUCAAGUUAAGAAAAGCAAACCUGUUGAUGUUUCAAAAAACUUUGUGACAGAAAUUAAGAAAUCGAUCAAGAAAGCUAUGUUGACGGAUGCAGACUUGAAAUCACCUGAUAUGCUAAAUUGUAAUGAAGUAAUAAGAAGUUUGGAAAAGGAGUUACAUAAAUAUGAACCAUUAAUGAAGGAUCAAUUACUAGUUUGGGAAUUGGAAAAGGCGGAAUUGCUAAAGAUUACAAAUGAAAAGAUCGCUGAAAUUGACAAAGAAAUGGAACAAUUAAAGAAUAGCUCAUUUGCAAAUAUUCAGAUUAUCAAAGGAUUGGCUGCAUUUUUGGUUGGGUAUUCUGAAAAAACAGGAAAAGAAUUCAGAAGUGCCAAAGAGAAAGAAUUGGAGGAAAUUGAUGAUUUCUUAAAAGCACACAACUACCAAGAGUAA